AUGGCUAGCACCAAAGAUUUGCAAAUCGCCAUCAUGGGCGCCGGCAUGGGCGGACUAGGAGCUGCCCUAGCUCUAGCCAAACGAGGUUUCAAACACAUUGAUGUUUAUGAGACUGCCAGUAGUCUUGGUUUUGUUGGAGCUGGUAUUCAGAUGGCCCCAAACAUGGGAAGAAUCCUCGAUAGGUUGGGAUGCUGGGAUGAUAUUGAGAGAGAAGCUACUUGUGUAGCCGGGAGCAGCAUUCGACAGGGAGCAACUAAUGUUGAACUUGCUCAUGUUGAUAUGCCCGACAUCAAGGGAAAAUACGGUUUCUCGCACCUUUGUGGCCACCGUGCUUCCUUAGCUGGUCAUCUAUACGAAGCCUGCAAGAAAGAGAGCGCCAUCACCUUUCACUUUGCAACAAGUUUGAUCGAAGUUCAGAGCUUCACUCCCAAGGUUACCUUCAAGCUCCAGCCUAGAGAUGGAGAGGUAGUCACUCUUGAAGCUGAUAUUCUCCUCGGCGCCGAUGGCAUCAAGAGUGUAACUCGAUCUCAGCUCCUACAACAAGUCAACGCCACGCCUGAAGAAGCCGAAACUGGUCAAGCUGCUUACCGUAUCAUGCUCAAGCGAGAAGAUAUGGCGCAUGACCCUGAAUUACUGGCUCUCAUUGAUAGCGACGAGGUUGUAAGAUGGGUGGGAGAGAAACGACACAUUAUCGCCUACUCAAUCGCAAACAAGUCCAUCUACAACCUUUCAACUGUUCAACCAGAUGACAACUUUGCAUCCGCUCCUUCAAUCACAUACACGACCAAGGGAUCCAAGAAAGUUAUGCUGGAAGUAUUUGAGACAUUCUGCCCUCUUGUACAGAAGAUGCUCAACCUGGUUCCAGAGGGAGAAGUCUGCGAGUGGCGACUAAGGAUGUACAGGCCAUUACCUACGUGGACUCAAGGAUCAGUUGCAUUGUUAGGAGACGCUUGUCAUCCAACACUUCCCCAUCUUAGCCAAGGAGCUGCCAUGGCUAUCGAGGACGGUUCAACAAUCGCCGAGGUUCUAUCCCUUGCGCCCGAUACUCGGCCCGAGACCAUCGCCAAGUGCUUGAAGGUGUAUGAGCAAUCUCGAAAGGAAUGGACUUCGAAUCUUGUCGAAAUGGCAUAUCUGUCUGGUCGAACGCUGCAUCUUGGUGAAGGAAAAGCAAAGGAGGAGAGAGAUAGGAUGUUCAAGGAGCACAAGACCAGUGGGUCAGUUCCCGACAAGUGGACAUCUCCGGAUGUGCAAAAGAUGAUCUACACGAAUGAUUGUGUCGCAAAAGUUAGGUCCGAGUUUGAGACAGCCUUUGCCGCAGCAUAG